CGUCGCGGACCAUCUGUCAGCUUCUGUAUGCCCGUGACCCUAGGAAAACGAAAAAAGAUUUGCGAGCCGUACUAGUCCCCACAACAACAACAACACCUUCCCGUGAUAAGGUUCAGCGACACCGUCGUCCGGCGAGCGAGCAAGAUGUUCGUCCUGGAGUGGCUGAGCGACGCCCUCUCCUACCUGGGCAUCUGGCACAAGGGCGGCAAGCUGCUCUUCCUGGGCCUGGACAACGCGGGCAAGACGACGCUGCUGCACCGGCUGCGGGAGGACCGCAUGGCCCAGCACGUGCCCACGCUGCACCCCACGUCGGAGGAGCUGCGGGUGGGCAACGCCCGCUUCACCACGUUCGACCUGGGCGGCCACGCGCAGGCCCGCCGGGUGUGGCGCGACUACUUCCCGGCGGUGGACGCCGUCGUGUUCCUGGUGGACGCUGACGACCGCGAGCGGUUCGCCGAGUCGCGCGCCGAGCUGGACGCGUUGCUGGCCGACGAGCAGCUGGUCGGGUGUCCCGUGCUCGUGCUGGGCAACAAGAUCGACAAACCGGGAGCCGCGAGCGAGCUGGAGCUCCUCUCUUUCUUCGGCCUACAGGCUCAGGUCACCGGAAAGGGUGCCGUGCCCCGGGCCGAGCUCGGGGAGGUCCGGCCCCUGGAGACGUUCAUGUGCAGCGUGCUCAGGAGGCAGGGGUACGGGGACGGAUUCCGCUGGCUUUCGCAGUACAUCUAGGGUGGUGUCUGUCGUCGGCCACGAUGAUGUCGCCGAACGACGAGGGGGAGGAGAUGGCGUUCCCGAGUCUUGCUUGAAUCGCGACGGCGCGGUCGUGAGAGGGCGUUGUGUGAAGGCUGUGGACCCUGGCCGAAAUUGAUGCUGCAACGUUGUCCACGAACUUUUUUUCUCUCUUUUCUUUUUUUUCUUACUUUUCUUUUCUCAUCUCCACUGCGAAGGAAUGGUUCUAGGAACGUUACCGGACGUCGAGGCGCUUAAGUGGUCUGUGCAACACGCUUCCACACUCUCCCUGUUUGUUGGUUUGUCUCCUUUUGUCAUUGCUUCUCGUUUGUGCUUUCCAGCGCAGUUAGUUCCAUCUCAACGAACGGAGUGUGCGCGUAGUUGUGCGAAACAAGCGAGAAAGGUUUCCAGCUUAAAACGUCAGGAUCAGCUGAAACGUCAGGAGUAAGUGUCAAGGAUAUCCUGACCAGGACAGAAGGGACACGCGGUGUGUCCUCGUUCCACGCGCGCCGCGCCUACCCGGACUACCGACUCUGUUUCUUCUUUUCUCCCUCUGUCAAUUCCUUCUAUACAUCCUUCCUUUACUUUUCAUUUCUUUCUUUUUUAUUCUUCUUUGUUUCAUCCGAGCUGUGAGCUUGCGUCCUUCAAUACACGGGCAGCUUAAAGCGUAUUGUUUCACCGUGCCUAACAUGGACAACGUACUCGCUAAACCACGCCCGAAAGAAAACGACAGUCGAUACGAAAUGCCAAGAUUUUUUUUUUUUUUUUGCAUACGCAUCGUCGCUUCGAGAGCUGUGCAAUCUGUAUUCGUUUGCGAGGCUUCCAAGAGAAACGCUGGCCAUGCACGGCGUUUCGUCGGUGUUGCCAUUCGCGGCGUUUUCUCUUGGGUGCGGUCUGGCUGCGCGUGCUUAAAAUUAGCAAGUGUUCUCGCACUUAAAAGCCGGCUUCGAACCACCGCGAUAGCUGAGUAGACGGCUCCGCCCUGAGCUGUUGUCGCUCCCAGCACCUUUGUUAUUGACA